CAUCAAUCAGAGUCAUCUGAAUUUAGAAACAUAAUAAUUGGGUUGUUUACAAGUCAGGCAAAGAAGCAUAUAUUGUUGUGAUAGUUACAUAGUUAGCAGAGUAAAGAUGCAGUCGGCCAAGAAUGCAGCGGCAGCAGCCAAGGAGAAGAUGAGCAACGCAGCCACCACUACAAAGGAGGGCAUGGAUAUGGCCAAGGCUUCUGCCCAAGAAAAGAUGGAGAAGGCUUCUGCGCAUGACGGGACUGAAAAGGAGAUAGCUCACCAAAAGAAGGAAGUGAGGGAAAGUGAGGCAGAGAGAAAAGCUCACGCUGAGAAGGCCGAACAUGCUGGUCAGAAAGAAGAGGCGAAAUAUUCGAACCAGAGUGGCACUAGACAGCAUGGUCACACCACCACUGAAACCACCGCUGGUACAUAUGCCCCAACCAAUACCGGCACAUAUACCCCCACCGCUCACACCGAACGACGAUAUACGUGAAGGUCUUUAUUAGUGACUGCUUAGUAAUAAUGGCAAUUGUCAUGGCCUUUUCUGGGUGUUUUUAUCUGUUAGUUCUAUGUGAAGGAAACUUUGUAAUGUUGCUGGUAUUGGAGAGUACUCUCUGUUCUUGUAGUAAGGCAUUGUUAUGAACCUUUCCUGGUUCUUCUUUCUCUUGUUGUUUUGUGCUGGUAGUUUUCUACGAAGGAACAGAGAGCUCUCUCGUCUUGUAGUAAGGCAUUGUGAUGGGCCUUUCCUAGAUUCUUCCAUCUCUUCCGUCUCUUGUUGUUAAUAAUAUUAAUAUUUUAUUGUUUA